AUGGCCACCUCCACCAUGUCUGUCUGCUCUGACGCUUGCACCAACUCCUCCUGGCAGGUGGAUGACUGCCCAGAGAGCUGCUGUGAGCCCUGCUGCUGUGCCCCCAGCUGCUGCCACUGCUGUGUCCCCAGCUGCUGUGCCCCAGCCCCCUGCCUGACCCUUGUCUGCACCCCAGUGAGCUGUGUGUCCAGCCCCUGCUGCCAAUUUUCCUGCUGCACACCCUCAUGCUGCCAGCAGUCUAGCUGCCAGCCAGCUUGCUGUACCUGUUCCCCUUGCCAACAGCCCUGCUGUGUGACCCUUUGCUGCAAGCCUGUCUGCUGUGUGCCAGUCUGCUGUGGCGCUUCCUCCUCAUGCUGCCAGCAGUCUAGCUGUGAGUCCUCUUGCUGCACCUCUUCUCCCUGCCAGCAGCCCUGCUGUGAACCUAUCUGUUGUGAGCCUUUGUGUUGUGAACCUGUCUGUUGCACACCCAUCUGCUCUGGACCAUGCUGCCAGCAGUCUAGCUGCCAGUCUUCAUGCUGCCAAUCUCCCUGCUGUGUGCCUGUCUGCUGCAAGCCUGUCUGCUGCACACCCAUCUGCUCUGGCUCCUCCUCCUGCUGCCAGCCCUCCUGCUGUGCUCCAGUCUGCUGCAAGCCCUGCUCCAGUGUGUCCCUGCUGUGUCGCCCUGUGUGCAGACCUGCCUGCUGUGUGCCCACCUCCUCCUGCUGUGCCUCCUCCUGCCAGCCCAGCUGCUGCUGUCCAACCUCCAGUGUGUCCCUGCUGUGCCGCCCUGCCUGCUCCAGACAGGCCUGCUGUGGACAGAAGUCCAGCUGCUGA